CGCGGGCUCGACAGUCAGCUGUUGGUAAGUGCAGCGCGUGAACUUACGGUCUUCAUUUCUUUCACUACCGGCGUUCUCAUUAAUUUGUUUAUCACAGUGAUCAUGGCCACCUACGCUGCUUACAGACAUAUCGAAUUGGACAAAGUUGGCUACAGCAAAAAAAGAGUCCGUAACCCAUCCAGCGAAAUCUUCCAAGUUUUGUGCACUCCUCCAACACCAAAACAAAAUGGUUCCAUGAGUGGUACUUCCUCACCUAGACGUGGUUCACGCGGUUCCGACUCAUUCUCUAGGCUGUUUGGACAAGAAAAUUCGAGAACCCCACCACGCAGAGCUUCCCUUACCAAACAAGAUGUCAAGAAUCGUAAUCCUGUAACUGGAGACGGAGUUGAUUCCUUUGACUCUACACCAAACAGAAGAAAUAACACACCUCGAGUCCACAAAGAAAGGAACCCAGUAACAGGUGAAGAAUACACUAUUGUCAGCCCAGCAGUAUCACCAACCAAAUCACCACAAAAUGGUUUCGCCUACACGAAUGGUAAUGCAAACUCCUUCAUGAAUGGAAAUCACACGAAUGGCGAUGCCUAAAUUCGAAAAACGAAAAAUCCCUUCCUGUAAUCACCCAUUAAUAUUAAUAGAUUCUUGUAUUCAACAGUAUUAAAGGAGCUUCUUCCAAAUUCGAAAUUGAAUUGAGAUCUAAGAUCUUCGGCUAGAAAAAUAUCAAUCAAUUGAAGAAUUAGCUCCUUAUAGCACCGAUCAUUCAUUUUAUUUAAAAGACUUUUCAUUUUAUCAUUUCAAAUAAAAAGUAGUCAUCAUCACUAUAACCAUGUAAAGAACUUAAAUAUAUAGAAUACAUUAUAUAUUGUCAAGUGAAUUUUUCAUCCACUGGAAAGCACUAUUAAAUAUUGAAAAAAAAGAAUGAAAAUAUUUAUCGUAGUGCUUCUGAAACGUCCGUUCUGUCCCUAAAAGUGCCUAACCUUUGACCCUUUAUCAUUUAAUGAAAUUUUUCAGUGUAAUGAAUCAUCCGUAAUCAUAUAACCCUUUUUUUAGACUUCUAUUUAUAUCAUAUCUUAGAAAUGUAGUUUUAUAGCAGUUACUUUCGAUAGCAUUUAAAUUAUCAAAUUUUAUUUAAUGUUGUGCAUUCUUAUAAUGUAGAAAUAAAUUUUAUACCAUAUAUUAA